UCUUAGGUGACAGAAUAGAAGCUUUUUUAUAUCAGAGAAUAGAAACUGCCAUUUUUAGAUCCAAUGACUUAAAAAGUCAUAUUUUAAUCAGAAGAUGUACACAAAACAUUGGCAAUGCAUCUUAAACAAAAAACUAUUCAAACUCCCUAUAUAUUAUAUGUUAGCAUGCACUAAUUUCAUUAGAAGAUUGACUUGUCAUUUUGUUUAGAACUCAGAAGAAUAUAAAGGAUAGCCAACAAUGAGCACAUCAUGGGAUUGGGAGGUGUGAAAACAUAUCUCCAUACACAAUAACUUUUGUAGUCUUUUCGAGAUCAUAAAUUUGGUCUAUUGCUAUCAUUUUUAAGGGACAAUAUUGCCUGUCCAUUUGCUCUAAAACUACAAUCACAAUCUAAACUUUGCCUAGUGAAAUUAUGGAUGACAAAAGUGAUGUGGAAAAGCUUGAUGAAGUGAUGCUGCCUGGUUUUCGUUUUCAUCCGACUGAUGAAGAGCUGGUUGGAUUCUACCUAAAGAGAAAGAUUCAGCAGAGAUCUCUUCCUAUUGAGCUCAUCAAGCAAGUUGAUAUAUAUAAAUAUGAUCCAUGGGACCUUCCAAAGCUAGCAUCUACAGGGGAAAAAGAGUGGUACUUUUACUGUCCAAGGGACCGUAAAUACAGGAAUAGCGCCCGUCCCAAUCGUGUAACAGGAGCUGGUUUUUGGAAGGCCACUGGAACUGACAGGCCAAUUUAUUCAUCUGAUAGCACCAAAUGCAUUGGUCUUAAGAAGUCCCUCGUCUUCUAUAGAGGCAGGGCUGCCAGAGGCAUAAAAACGGAUUGGAUGAUGCACGAGUUUCGUCUUCCUACGACUAACAACGAAUCAGGACCACCUAAGAAAUUCUUGGAAAAGAAUUUUCCACCAAAUGAUUCAUGGGCCAUCUGCAGAAUAUUCAAGAAAACCAACUCAAUGGCAAAUAGAGCUCUAUCUUACGCAUGGGGAAAUCCGUUAUCUGAAGUAGCAUCUCCAGAGUUGUUCAAUCAAAGUGCUAAUGCUCAUUUCGUCUCGGAGAAUGUUUCUUCUAUAACUGAAACAGGCACAGCUCUCCACCUAUCCAAUAACAAUGACUUACUACAAGGAGCCUCAAAUGUUCCUUCAUAUAAGUCCCUCAAUGCUAUGGCUUCAAGACCAUCUUAUCUUUCAAGUCCUAGCACAGACAUUUCCUAUAACUUCAUGUUUUCGUCUCCUGAGGUCUCAGGACAAAACAACAGGUGUUUACUAGACGCAAAUUCAAUGUUUUUCAACACAUCCCCUGCCUUAAUCACUGAUAUCAGCAAGACCUCCGAGUCCAUAGACUUUGACGGUUCAAAUCAACAAUUGAAGAUGCAAACAAGUAUAAGUAUGGAAAACGACGAAGCGGGAUUGAAGAGUAAUCGAACUUCAAUAAAUGACAACACUGAAUGGGAAAACAUGAGAUCAGUUGGAUUUCCUUUUAGUUUGGCUGAGGAAUGGAAACCUAGCUUAUCAUGGGAUUCUCCUCCCUGUCCUAGUGAGAUAUCCACCAGUUUCUCAACAAACAAAUGCUACAACUAGUUUUACAUCCAAAAAGAGAACUCCUGGCUCUGUGUACAGCUAGUUUUUUUUUCCUUUUAGGCAUCCAGUAUCUGAAGUAGUCGACUCAAUCAACUUCAGAUACCGGAUGCCAAUGAACAAAAAAAAAAAUCAAAAAAAAAAAAGAGUCCAGCCAUAGCACUAAAAAAAUAGCCAUAUUCUGUUGGAAGUUAUUGUACAGUUUUAUUUUUUAUUAGCUUGCUCGAAUUUAAACGUUAUUUGUUUGGAUGAAAUUUUCAUGUUCUUUUCUUAGUAUUUAUUAAGUACUCCAUGUUUUAUUGCAUGUUUACCCUUUCUGAUGUUGGACUUUUCUCGUUCUUUUUCCCCAAAACCUUUUAGUAUCAGAUUAUAUGCUGUUUAAAGGCUAACAGGCUAAAACUAGUUGAGAUAAUGACUGUUUGUGUACUCUCUAAAACCUGCAAACUUGACCCUUAUGUAACCCUAAAAUGAUAGAAACUGAAAUUGGAUGAAUAGCAAGUUAGAUCAACUUCAAACUAGAAUAAAAAAAGCAAGUUAGAUCAACUUCAAACUAGAAUAAAAAAAUGGGAAAA